AUGCCAGUACGUCGGCGCGACAUGGCCGACGCGUCCGGCCCAUCGAGACGAUACGAUCAGGAGCUCAAACCCAAAGUCAAGCCCGAGCCCUUGACGGACAAUGUUAUCGACCUGUGCGACUCGGACGAGGAGCCUGUUGCUCCGCGCAAGCCCGCAUCAUUCAAUUUGAAGUCACCUCCCAAAAGAUCAACCGCAAGGACUGGCAAAGUCAAAGACGAGUUUCAAGACGAUCAUGAUCCCAGCGAAUCCGAGUCCUCCUCCGACGAUGACUUCCGCGGUAGCAAAGCAAAACGCAAGUCCAACAAGCGUCCACCAGCAGAGCCACCUUCGACUGCCAAGCUUUACGCCAUUGCGCGCAUCGUGACGCUCGCCACCGACGGCGUCGCCUCGGUCUCACAAUCCGAAGCCAAACUUGCCGGCGUCAACUCCGGCAUCCUCUCUCGCAUCCAAAAAUCCUUGGCACUUGCCAAGCAUCCCGGCACCGGCGAAGCAGAAGCCCAACAAGCACUUCGUCUCGCCACGCGUCUCAUGUCAUCCCAAAACCUCACACAAGCCGAUCUCCUCGCCUCCUCUGACUCCGAAACGAAUCAGUCUCGUGCUGGCAUGUCGAUCGUCGAGAUCGUCUCCCAAACCAACGCAACUCCACGCAACGAGAGCUGGGUGAAUCAAGUCGCCAUAGCCGUCAACUACUUCUUUGACGUCAAAGCGUAUUCCACCUCGUAUGCAAAUCGUACAAAGCUCAGCUGGACUUUCUAUGGGUUGGCGGUGAACACGGUCGCUGCAGCACACGCUUUCGAGAUGGUUCACAAUCAGGUGCUGACGUGGGCGUAUGACAAGGCAGCAGCCAAGCUUGUGACGGGUAAGACGGGCAAGAAUAGCUACUGUCAAGGUGUCGCUGCUGGACUCAUUGCCUUGGCGAGGAAGGAGAAGAAGGAAGAGAUGAGGUUGGCUAUCGAGUCUGAGCAGAAGCGUUUGAAGGAUGCUGAGGAGCAGGAGAAGGCGCAGAUCAAGAAGGAGAAGGAAAGAUUGAGCGAUCCGCCAGUCAAGGCUGAGCCUGACGCGUCUCGACCGAGCGGGGUCAAGGCUGAGCGAGCAGAAGACAUGGCUAGCAGCUCUGCGUCGGGAUCUCGAAAUGUCAAGCUCGAAGAUGCAGUCGAUGAAGAGGAUACCAAGCCUUUCAGAAACGGUUUCAAACGGUCUGCCUCGCAGGACCUCGAAGACGGAUAUGGUCGGUGGUCUAACGGCGGUCACGGCGGCAUCAAGCCGGAGCCUGGACUUGGUCCAGACUACUCGGACGACGAAGACACCAACGACCGCUUCUACGACUUCAACACUGACGCUCAUCCCAGCGACGAUCCCGAAGAAGACGUCAAACCCCAUUUCGACGAGGCUCUCGAGCGCGACAUUAUUGAUCUCACCUCCGACGUCGACAUCGACCAGGUCGAAGUCAAACCGAAACUCGAACCCGACCACGACAUCAAACCGAAGAUCGAGUCCGAACACAACAAAGAUUUGGGUGCGGGAUGGCAAUCCGGUAACCAGCUCAUACGUUUCCGCCAGGAUGCUGAGAAGAUCGCAGACGAUUACCUGGCGUCUCAGCACAAAGGGCUCAAGUUGAAGAAGAGGGCGAAAUCGAGCUUCAAGAAGGACUCGAGCGCUUUCGAACAGGGGAGAGAAGAUGCAAAGAAAAUCGAUGUCAAGAGGAAGCGAAUUCAGAACUGA